AUGAGGAGCGCCAGAGGAGGAGCGCGGCGGCCGUUUGAGCCGGUGGCGGUGUCGCCGCCACCGCCGUCGCAGGCGGGGAAUCAGCUGGCGCAGGAGGAGCCGGUUCUUGGCGCCGGCGGCAAGGCGGCCGAGAAGUGCGGCUCUGGCUCGCCCCCUGUUCCCGUCUCCUCCAAGAAGACGCCGGCGGCGGCGGCGGCGGCGGGGAGGGCGCCGAGGACGGCGACCAGGAGGAGGGCGGGUUCUUGCGCCAAGAGGUGCUCGACGCUGGGGGCGGCGGCGCCCGCGGCGAAGGCGAAGGCGAAGGCGGCGUACGACGCGCCGCGCGCGCCGCUGCGGGGCGUCUCCGACGAGCGGGGCGACAGGGUGAGGGCCGUGCCCUCGUCGCUCCCCUGCGACGAGCCCGGCCAAGAACGGCGGGGCAGCGGGGCCUCCGCCUCGAGGAAGCGGAGGACGACGAAGAGCGUGGUGGUGGAGGAGGCCGUGGCGAGCCUCCCGGAGCCCGGCGAGGGCCGCGUCAAGUACCUGGUGAACACGUUCGAACGGCUCCUCUCGCUGGCCGCCGCCGGCGGCGGGCCCGAGGCGCGAGGCAGAGGCGCGAGGAGGACGAGGAGGAAGAACGAGGCGAACGCGACAUCGGCGUCGACGCCAGCAACGCCGCCGGGCGCCGAGGAGAUCGACGUGUCCUACCCCUCCAUCGCCUCGUCGUCCGAGGUCUCCUUCUCCGCCAUCGCCGGUGUCGCCUGCAUCCUCGACGCAUCAGACCGCACCAGCAGGAUCACCCGUGCACGAGGUCAACGCCGGCAGAGGACAUACAAUUUCACUGGCGCAUCGGAGAAGACCUGGAGCAGGAAGGUGACAAGGGUGACGAGCCAGCAGCCCUUCAACCUUAGGACUGAGAAAAGAGGAAAGGCAAAGGAAGAGAAUUUCGUUCAGAGAUUGAGGAAGAUGCAGCUGGAGGAGAGGCUGCGCAACCCGCUGGCUCAAGGUUUACCCUACUCCACCGAUGAACCAGAGACUCCGGUGAAACCUCCAAUGAAGGAACCCACUGAACCGAUCGAUCUCGUGCUGCACAGUGAUGUGCGCGCAAUCGGUCGCUCCAAGUUUGAUCACCAAGUCGCCGAGCGCAACAGCUUCAUAGAGGAAGUGAAAUUGGAAAGAGAAAGACAGCAAAAGGUGGAUGAGGAGAUCGAGAUCAAGCAGCUGAGGAAGGAGCUGGUGCAGAGAGCACAUCCGAUGCCAGAUUUUACCAGGCCAUUUGUGCCGAAAAGGUCAGUGAAGCCUCAGACAAUUCCCAGGGAGCCAAGAUUUCACCCCAGAUUGAUGAGGCACGUCUCCAAGGCAUAAUCAGCUUCAAAAGUAGUAGCCAUCGUCACCGCCAUCGUGGCGACUCUUGCUGUCUAGCGAAUUUCACUAGCUGCUAGCAACUAUAUUUUCCAAAACAAAAAAAAGGAGAAAGUAGCAUGCAUCAAACAUGUUGGUGCAAUCUGUUGA